AUGUUGAGCGCUGAAUACCGGGAGUUCAUGACUCCCUCAAAGUAUGAAACCCUCACGGAAAUUAUCAACACCGCCCGGGAGCGGGAAAUCGAGUUGAAGAAACAAAUCGAGAGGGGCGAGCGAAGGGCACAUGAUGUGAAUCCAAGCCCUACAAAGAAGGCUCGAACGGCUGAAUUGACAAAGAAAACGGAUGCAAAGGGUGGGUCACCAAGUUGCAAAGUAUGUGGAAAGGGGCACAAGGGUGAGUGCCAUUUCAAGGACAAACCGUGUCCUAUAUGCGGGAAAAUGGGGCACACGGCAUAUCUAUGUCCGAGUAAAGUCUCGGUUUGUUACAAAUGCUAUCAGCCCGACCACAAAAAGUCUGAAUGCCCAGACUUAGUUGGAAAGAAAGACGCUAAAGAAUCUCCAACAGAAGCUCCAAAGGUAAAGGCCAGGUCCUUCCAACUUACAGCGGCUGAAGCGAAAACAGAACCCGAUGUGGUCUCAGAAGUCGAAAUAGGGGACAACAAAAGUUUCAUAGUUUGUGAUAUUUGUCAAAGCUGCAAAUUAAGUAUCGAUGAUGAGGAAUACUUGAUAGAUCUAAUCCCGAUGUCGAUUGGAGAGUUCCAAGUAGUUGUUGGGAUGGAUUGGCUAUCUCGACACCACGCAAAGGUUGUGUGUUUCCGUAAGGAGAUAAAGCUAACAUCUCCGAGCGGAAAACACAUCACCAUCUAUGGCGAGAAAGGAGGCAAUCCUAUAAUAUGCUCGAUGUUGAAAGCUCACAAGCUCAUGAAGCAUGGAUGUAGGGCGUUUAUGAUAUACGCUAACGAACCCGAGAAAGAAUCACUGAAGAUUGGAGACGUGCCGGUAGUACAUGACUUCGAAGAUGUGUUUCCGGAAGAUCUACCAGGGAUACCGCCCGAACGGGAGGUAGAGUUAGGAAUCGAAUUGGUUCCGGGCGCGAAACCCGUAGCUAAAGCACCAUACCGACUCGCAGCGUCGGAAUUACAAGAAUUGAUGUCGCAAAUUAAAGACUUGCUCGACAAAGGAUUUAUAAGGCCGAGUGUGUCUCCUUUGGGCGCGCCGGUGAUUCAAGGUGAUUUACAAGGAGCAAUUGUGCGGGAUUUGAGCGAAAAAUAA